AUGGAACAAGAACAAAGUACCCGUAUAGACAAGAUCGAGAAAGCUCAAGAGGAGAUAAAAAUAGAGUUAGCAAAGAUGAUGGAAAUGCUAGAGAAAUUAGAUAAAGGUAAAAUAGUAAAAGAUACCCUAAAUUCAAAUGAGAAAUGGGAUAUUGUGGAUCUUCUACACCUUUUGGGGUUUGGCCCAAAUCAAGGCCAAUCUCUUCUAAAUACACAAGCCUCACGGAUGCCAUUUUCUGAGGCAUAUCCUGAAGUACCAUUUCAUAGUUACACUAACCCUACCUUUGGGGCAAAAAUGUAUGAUCCAAUUGAGGUCCCUGCUUUUGAUGAUCUUAAAGAGAAAGAAAGAUUGAAGUUGAAAACUUCUAAGUGUAACAGUGUGCACUACUCGUUCCAGAUUCACUUUGUUCUUCUAGUUAGCCGCCAAGGAAAGGUCAGGUUGACCAAGUGGUAUUCACCUUAUUCCCAGAAGGAGAGAAGUAAGGUAAUCCGGGAGCUUAGUGGCAUAAUACUCACUCGAGGCCCCAAGCUGUGCAACUUUGUAGAGUGGAGGGGCUUCAAAGUUGUCUAUAAAAGAUAUGCAGGUCUCUACUUUUGCAUGUGCAUUAACCAAGAUGACAAUGAACUGGAGAUUCUUGACAUAAUUCACCAUUAUGUUGAGAUACUGGACCGCUAUUUUGGCAGUGUAUGUGAACUGGACUUGAUCUUUAAUUUCCAUAAGGCUUAUUACGUAUUGGAUGAGCUUUUAAUUGCUGGUGAACUUCAAGAAUCAAGCAAGAGAACAGUCUUACGUUUGGUAGAUGCACAGGAUUCAAUAGUGGAGGUUGCAAAAGAGCAGGCCAGCUUAGUGGGCAAUAUAAUUGCACAGGCCACCAAAUAG